AUGGAUUUCUGUAAAUUACCAAAAAUGAUGCUCAAUGAUACACCUGGAGUAAAAAGAAAAAGAGACCCAGGCACCGAUAGCUGGAUGAUCUGGAAGAAAAACAAAGUUUGUAUGGAAGCUGAGGAUCAGAAAUUGGAGGAAUCUAGCUGUGGACGACCGCAAGGAGAGGAGAAAAGCAGUGAUAGAGGAGAGAAAUACCUAGGUCCUCUAGUGCCCAUUGGGCAAGGAGAAAUACAAGUUGAUAGGUCCUAA